AUGUCACUAGCCGGAGGAUGGACUCCAUCAGACUUCGAACCAGGUGUCACCUAUGUACAGGUUGACUUAGCAGACAGUCCAAUACCAGUUGACGAGAUCAACGUUGACGGCAACGUAGAAACAUUUAUGGUGGCAUACUCGCCUGAUGGUGAUGUGUGGACAGAAUAUCCCAUCGUUUUCAACAAGGAUACGGUGUUAGCUCUACCAAUAACAGCACAGAGCAUUCGCGUUUAUCCAAUGACUCUAACAAUGGUCACAACCGUGGCUCCACCUACCGGUGUAACAACGGGAACAACAACAACUGGCGCUGGAACAACUGUAGUUCCAGCAGCAUUGACGACGGAGGCCCCUCAACAACUGAACAUGACACUGCAGAUCAUUGCUUGUUUCUUCUUGCCAGUGACUGCUCCAGCAACUACGACAGCAGCAACGGGAACACAAUUGACAACAGUGACUACAGGAGUUACAGCUACGACAGUCCCGACACAAGCUUCUACAGCCGCUACAACAGCACCGUGUGAAACGAUUGAUGGCAUGUCCAAUCCACUAACUUCGAACCAGGUGUCACCUAUGUACAGGUUGACUUAG